AUGGUAAAAUUCAAAGGCCGUUCAGCUCUUAAACAGUAUCUUCCUCUAAAACCAAUAAAAAGGGGCAUCAAGGUUUGGGAAAGGUGUGAUUCACAGUCUGGUUACGUAUAUGAUAUGAACAUAUAUUGCGGGAAAGAAGUUGAUACUCCAGAUAGCACUCUUGGCCAAGGAUUAGGUGAACGGGUUGUAAAGACCUUAUGUAAGUCUAUUAGAGACCCGGAGGUAAUGGUAUGCUUUGAUAGAUUUUUUGCUUCUGUUUCAUUGAUGUCUUCCAUAAAAUUUGCUGCAGUGAGUACAUGUAUGCCAAAACGAAAAAAUCUUCCAAAAUUUGAAGAUUUUGUCGAUAAACAAAACAUGAAGAAAGGCGAUUCUUGCUCUUUAUUUAGCAACGUAGGUGUUGCUGCAUACUUAUGGAAAGAUUCAAAAGAAGUAAUUGUUCUCUCAAACUGCCACAGUUCUGAGAUGGAAACUGUAGAACGGCGACAGAAGGAUGGAACUAAGGCUACAAUGCCGUGCCCCAAAGCAAUCAAAGAUUAUAACUCCUAUAUGGGAGGAGUGGAUCUCUCAGAUCAACUCUCCGGCCUUUAUGAUAUAGACCGGAAGUCACAGAAAUGGUGGAGAAAGGUAUUCUAUAAACUUUUUCUUACUUCAGCCACAAAUGCGUGGAUACUUUUCAAAGAAGCUCACAAUCGUGAUGUUCCAUUUAUAGUUUUUUUAGUUAACUUAGCUGAAUCGCUUAUUAAUUUGGGAAGAGAAAAUGCAGGCAUGGUAAGGAAACGUUGUACUAGCAGACCUUCAAGUUCGUCAAGAAAUAUGGUAAAUGUUGGCGAUCAUUUACCUAUUCAGGGAACCACUCGACGUAGAUGCCAUUCGUGCUCGUCAAAAAAAAUCGAAAAACGUACAAAAACUAUGUGUUCAGGUUGCAAAGUUCCGUUAUGCGCGGACUGUUUUUCGAUAUACCAUAAAUAG